AGUAUCAACACUGUGCCACGUACACCGAAUAGUGCUUUAGUACGUCUGAAAAAAAGUGAGUGAACCAACUUAAAAACAACGAACAGAAUGCUUUCUACACAGCAAGCAAUGAGCAAUUGAAUUCGUUCUUGCAAGCCUAGGUUCUAACCUUGAUUUUCUUAUUUCGAUUGGGUUCAGACAGCCUGACCUAGGCGACAAGACAAGGUGUACUUUUUCGUAUAUAAUCUCAUAUACUAAAAUCACAGUAAAAUGGCUGAACACUGUAUAGGCUAGCUAGCACGAAAUAAACUUGUACAAUUUGUACAGGCUUUUUUACCGAUGCAUUGGUAGAUUCCACACAUACGAUAGCUUGAGAUCGCAUUUUGUGGCUUUUUUUGCUUAGUAAAUGUUGCCGUUAACAGAUAGUACAGACAACGGUCAGCUAUAAUUUCAUAUCCACGGGUAAUAACGUUAAUCUAUUAACAACUGAUAGAACGUAUUGUACAAUACACUGAUAGUAAAGCUAAGCAAGUGCGUAGAUAUUUCUGAUAACGCUACCUUAGAACGUAGUUUAAAAACCUUAGAAAACGUUCAGUUAGGACAAAGACAGAAUCAGGUUACUUAUCAAACAUUGUGUCACGUACACCAAAUAGUGCUUUAGUAAAUCUGGAAAAAACAAAUGAACGGACCACGUUCGAAAAACACAGAAUGAUUUCUACGCAAGCUGACAGCUCUGAGAGUGCUGCUACGGCCAAGUUAGUAACGCUAGGGCACAAUAUCCAGGAGCCCAGUCCAGUCCAACGAGAUGAAACACCGGUGGGAUUGGAAGAAGAAGACACGACCUUACUUAAGAUGGAAACUCCAAUUGUCGGUAGCGGUAAUCUUUACGCAGGUUGUAUUCUAAAAGAUGGAAGCCACGAUACCCAAUAUUUGGGAAACAAAACGAGAGAAAUUAUGAAAGGGUUCUACAACUACAAUCUUCUAGUAGCCAUCGUAAAAUUGCCGGCCUACAGCCCAGGGGAGAAGAAAGAAAUUGAACGGGAGAUUCGAUUAUUGAAGGAACUAGAGGCCCACGAAAAUUUUAUCCGCUAUUUCACUUACGAAAUGGACUCGAACUUCGUGUACCUUGCAAUAGAAAUGUGUGAGUGUUCUGUGGCAGAUCUUUUAGAUCCAGCCCUCGGUAAGAGAAUCCCCAUGAAAGAAGAUAUUCUCAAAAUACCAGAGAAAGAAAUCCUGCGACAGGCAACGAAUGGACUCAAUUACUUGCACAAAAACAACUUUGUCCACCGCAACAUCAAGCCAAAUAAUUUUCUUAUUAAAGAAAUUAAUAAAACAGGUGAAAGCACUUGCCGAUUUGUGGUAAAAAUAACAGAUUUUCGCCUGUCGAGAAAAUAUGAUCCUAAAAAUGAUUCGACGUUAUCGGGACCAGCUGCAUCAGAAGGAUGGGAAGCACCGGAAAGCAGAGAUACGACAAAAAACCUCAGCAAAAAAUUGGAUGUCUUCAUUCUCGGUUGUUUUUAUUACUAUGUCCUAACCGCAUGGACGAGCAAGAAAGAACCCAGACAUCCAUUCGGCGAUGAACGUACUCGUGGGAUAAACAUUCAAGAUCCAUGUUAUCUAUUAUAUAAAAAUGGCUUUCUGUUCGCUACCAGUGAAAAUAUCAAGGACAUGAAAAAGGCGGAAGACCUUAUAAAUUGGAUGUUGAAGUUCAAGGAGGACGCACGUCCAACAUUAGAAAAUGUUCUUGACGAUAUUUAUUUCAAACCUUCCGAAGAUUACAGGAUAUAUGCUGAUCUAGAUGUUAAACCCGGCCUUUGUGUUAUCUUCAACCAGCAAGAAUUUGAAGAUCCGGAACAGAACCGUGAAGGGAGCGACAAGGAUAAAGAAGCGUUAAAGAAUAUAUUUAAAAAGCUUGGUUUCGAUUUUAUAGUUCACGAAAAUCUAAAUUCGGAUAAGUUGAAAUCUGAAAUCAACGAACUGGCCAACAAAAGAGAUUUCAAGAAUUAUGGUUGCUUAGUUGUGUGCCUUUUGUCUCAUGGAAUUGAGAAUGCAAUCUUAUGUUACGAUGGCAAAUUCGUUAACAUAAACGAAUUAAAAUACGAGUUCUCUUCGAACAAGUGUCCUAGUCUGUAUGGAAAACCCAAAAUCUUCAUAGUCCAAGCUUGCCAGGGAAAACUUGAACAACAGGAAGAGGGAAUAAAAGCUUCUUCUGCCCAUCAAACGACCUUCAUUUCAAAGCUGUGGGCCGUUCCUGGUGUCGUUUACUUGCAUUUCACCGGUAAAUUGCAUUCAUCACCAUCCGUAGUUCAACCGACAAACGAGAUCUGCAAUUACGAAAGAGAGUUACGUGAAAAGAAAAUUCAUGACAGCGCUCAAAGAAAUCCGCCGCUUAUGGAUUUCUUUACAAUCAAAUCCACUCUACCUGGUUUCGUUGCCUACCGGAAUCCCGUAAGCGGUACCUGUUUCAUUCAAGCUCUUUGUGAGACUUUGUCUGAUGAAUGUUUGAAGGAGGAAACGGGAACCAAACAUAAGAACAAGCAUCUUGAAAAAUUACUUAAAUGUGUUCAGGACAAAGUCAACGAACGUUCAGGAAGGGACUCACGGCAAACUGUGGUAUGGGAAGCAUGCCUAAGUAAAAAUAUUCGAUUCCGGAAACGUGACCCCGAGGGCACUGACGUUACAUCGAGCUUCUAAAAAAAUAUGUGCGCAUUUAGUAUCCAACAAUAACCGAUGAGAGAUGCAAAUUGUGUUUAAUAAACUCUACAUAUACGAAAUAGUCCAAAGUUCGUAAAUCGUUUUCUUAGAAAAACUCAGAACUUAGAAUGUUUGAAGCCAAAACCAUAAUCAGCAUUUAUGAAACAACAAAUACAACCAGUAUGAAAUCA